UCAAAAGCUAAAUAUUGUGUUCUUCUUCCUCAUUUCUUCUAUCUUCUUCAUCUUCCAUGGGAGAAAAGCAAAAGCUUAAAGAGAAAGAGAAAAUCAAGAAGCAAAAACACAAACACCCAAAUGAUGAAUCUCCAAAACCCACUUCAGAUUUCACUUUUAAACCCAUUUCCGAUGUUAAAGGUCUUCGAUUCGGCGGUCAAUUCAUCGUUAAAUCCUUCACAAUCCGCCGUGCACGGCCGUUAGAACUCCUCCGUAUCCUCUCCCUUUCUCCGCCGUCAACCAAAAACUCCAGUUCUAGUUUCAAUUUCACUUCAACUACAGCUUAUUUACCCACAAAUUUCACAAUCUUAGCUCAUCAUGCUUGGCAUACACUUACAUUAGGUCUCGGAACGAAGAAAUCGAAGGUGGUUUUGUUUGUUUUUGAAUCGGAGAAAAUGAAAUCGGAAAUCGAUCGGGUUUGGCCGGUGGAGAUUCCAUUAGGUGAAGUGAAUAAGAAGAUGAUUCGAGGUUUAACAGGUACUGAAAUGGCGAGAUUUAAGUUUAGAAAAGGUUGUAUAACUUUCUAUGUUUAUGCUGUAAGAAGAAUUGGGGAUUUAGGGUUUACUUGUGCUGAAGAUCUGAAAUUGAUUUUACAAUCUGUUGUUGCACUCAAAGAUUUCUUCGAUCAUACUGCUAUGUUAGCUAUGCCGAAUCAGAGAAGUAUCAAUUUUCCAUCGGAGAUUCAACAAAUGGGAAUUGCUCAUUAGCCGCCGCCUCCUCCUUCAUCUUCUUCUUCUCCGUCCAUUGUCGCUCGGAUUAUUUAAAAAUGUUGAUAAACUCAGUGAUACAGAGGUUCUGAAUCAUCAUCAUGUCGUUCGGAUUAUUCAAAAAUAUUGGUUACCAUCUGUUGAUAAUUCGAGGAGUUUGAGUAAUAUAGGUUUUUGAAUAAUCAUAGCUGAGUUCUAUUCUAUGUUGUUCGGAUUAUUUGAAAAUGUAGUUUGGAUUCUGAUAAGUACUUGUUGAUAAUUUUUAAAGAAUCCGAGUAAUAUUGAUUUUGAAAUCAUUUAAAUUCUUUGUUUGGAUUAUUCAAACAUGUUGAGGGAUAAA